AUGAGUCUAACUAACGUGAAUAAAACGAAUCUGCAGAGCUUUUACAGUGUCAUCUAUGGAUAUAUGCAGAACAAUUACUACCCAGAAUGGGAACACAGUAACGGAACGUCAUUAUGGUGGCUUAAUGAAACCGAGGAAAACACACUUCUUCACAAUGCUAGACUGUUUUAUUCUUAUUGUACACCCUUUGUAAUAGUAAUUGGAAUUUUGGGGAAUAUCCUUUCGCUGUGUGUUUUUAUGACAAAGAACUUGCGUAGUCUCUCUGCCAGUACGUAUUUGUCUGUCCUGUCUGUCUCAGAUCUCUUGACCCUACUAUUUUACGUCACCGUGGAAUGGCUUCGGCGGGGACUAGUCUACCUGGAUCCAGAAAUGAGGAAUAAAAUUCUUUUCUUUGAUGAAAAUGUGGUUUGUCAGUUUCAGCAGUACAUGGCUUACGUUUCUAGACUUCUAUCAGCAUGGAUUGUAGUUGCUUUUACAUUGGAACGGUACAUCGGUGUUUGUUGGCCGUUACUAAGAAAAAUCAUUUGUACCAAACGCGGAACUAAGCGCGUUAUUGGUGGAAUAAUCACGUCUUCAACGAUUGUUGUUCUCUACAAACCUAUUUUGAGUGCCAUUUAUGUUAGUGCUAAAGGGAAUCGCUACUGUACUACGGCAGAAAACUACAGCUUUUUGUCUUUUAUUCUAGACAGUAUUUACGCCAUUUUGAUGAGCAUGAUACCCUUCUUAGUUAUAGUGGUUCUCAAUAUCCUUACCAUCCGAAAGCUUUUGUCACGGAAUAAAAAUCGAAAAAACCAUAAUAACAUAGUGACGGAGGAGAGUGUAAUUCGACUGGAAUUCACAAUUAUUUUACUGGUAGUAUCAUUCUGUUUCAUCGCCUUCAACGUACCAUUUUUUGUAGUUUGGUUGCGGACCUUCCUUCAUUCCAAACAUCUCUCCAAUACAGAAGAUUUAACCACAUACGCGGACCCGGAUUUCGAUUAUUGGCAGGGAAUUCUAUACAUAACAAGAACAAUUUUCAAUAUGAACUAUUGCAUUAACUUCUUCUUGUACAUCAUUGCAGGUGCUUAUUUCCGACGAGAAGUUAGAAUGUUGUUUUCGCGCCAUUCUUUUCGCGAUCUACCGUACUCUCUUUGUUCUCUGCGUCUGAACUCAAACACUCGGACGCCUAAGACAUAUCUUUGAGUC